AUGGCCGACGCCGACAAUGCGACUAGGGCACCUGAGAGCGACGCUCAGGAGACCAGCACCCCCGCCGAAGCGCCAGCUCCCGCUACCUCUACCGCUACCGCUACUGCUACCGCACCCGUCACAGGCGAGCAUUGCGUCACUGACCGACCAACUCCUUCCGGUCAGUCAUCCACCGGCGAAAUCAUCAAGCUCAACGAUGUUGAUGUCUACAUCUCCAAGCCGGCCGACUACCCGCACGCGCCGGCGCGGCUGCUGCUGCUGCUCACCGGCGGCACGGGCAUCCAGUCCGUCAACAACCAGAUCCAGGCGGACCGCUUCGCCGCCGAGGGCUUCCUCGUGCUGAUGCCCGACAUCUUUGCGGGCGACGGCCCGGCGCCCGGCACCGUGGCCAUCGACCCCUCCUCCUCCUCGUGGCUGGAGCAGGUCAAGCUCAAGGCGGCCGAGGUGACCAAGUCGUUUGUGAUUGACAUGUGGCUCGCGCGCGUCACGCCCGACCGCGUGCUGCCCGUCCUGCACCGGGUCCUCGACGCCGCGCGCGACCGGUACGCCGACGCGGUCCGCCAGGGCGACGGCAUCUACGCCGUAGGCUACUGCGUCGGCGCGCGCUUCGUCCUGCUGCUCGGCAAGCAGACCACCGAGGCGGCGGCGGACGAGGAGAGCGGCCCGACGACGAGGGGGCCGUAUAUCAAGGCGGGCGCGCUGGCGCACGCCGCGUCGGUGGCGCCAGAGGACUUUGACGACGUCUGCGUGCCGCUGAGCCUGGUCUGCGUCGAGGACGAUCCGCUCUUCUCGGACGAGGUCCGCACGCUGGGCGAGGACGCCAUGUCCAAGGCGAACCUGGAGCACGAGGUCCAGGUGUAUCCCGGUGUGCCACACGGGUUUGCCGUCGUUGGCGAGUACGCAGAGGCCAAUAUCAAGGAAGCUCAGGCGACUGCCUACGAGCAGAUGCUGAAAUGGAUCAAGGAGCACUAA